AUGGCUGUCUCUCUGGUUGCCGAAGAAAGAAACCUGCGGCACAUCUGGAUCGCAUUAGAAGGAGAGUCUAACGCCCCGCGGCUCGGCUCCAGCUGCGCGCACGUGCGCGUUUCUCCGUUUCUCCGUAGGCUCGUCGUGGGGGCUCCCACCGCCGACUGGCUCGCCAACGCCUCCGUGGUGCAUCCCGGGGCCAUUUACAAAUGCCAGAUCGGACAGAACCCAAACCGGACUUGCCAACAGCUCCAGCUGGGUAGCCCUGGUGGAGACCCUUGUGGAAAGACUUGUUUGGAAGAAAGAGACAAUCAAUGGUUGGGGGUCACGCUUUCCAGACAGCCAGGAGAAAAUGGAUCCAUCGUGACUUGUGGGCAUAGAUGGAAAAAUAUAUUUUACAUGAAGAAUGAAAAUAAGCUUCCCACGGGUGUUUGCUAUAAAAUGCCCUCUGAUUUCCGAACAGCACUGAGUACAAGAAUAGCUCCAUGUUAUCAAGAUUAUGUGAAAACUUUUGGAGAGAAUUUUGCAUCAUGUCAAGUUGGAAUAUCUAGUUUUCACACGAAGGAUUUAAUUGUGAUGGGAGCUCCAGGAUCAUUUUAUUGGACUGGCUCUAUUUUUGCCUACAAUAUAACUUCAAAUAAAUAUGUGGCUUUUUCAGACGGAGACAAUCAAGUAAAAUUUGGAAGUUACUUAGGAUACUCAGUUGGAGCUGGUCAUUUUUGGAGUAGGGAUACCACCGAAGUCAUCGGAGGAGCUCCUCAGCAUGAACAGAUUGGUAAAGCAUACAUAUUCAGAAUUGAUGAAAGAAAACUAACGAUCUUACAUGAAAUGAAAGGUAAAAAGCUUGGCUCUUAUUUUGGAGCUUCUAUCUGUGCCGUGGACCUCAACGCAGACGGCUUCUCGGACGUGCUGGUGGGAGCUCCCAUGCAGAGCAGCAUCAGGGAGGAAGGCAGAGUGUUCGUGUACAUCAACUCCGGCUCAGGAGCAGUAAUGAAUGAAAUGGAAACAGCGCUUGUUGGAAGUGACAAAUAUGCUGCAAGAUUUGGGGAAUCUAUAGUUAAUCUUGGUGACAUCGAUAAUGAUGGCUUUGAAGAUGUUGCUAUUGGAGCCCCACAGGAAGAUGACUUGCGAGGCGCCAUUUAUAUUUACAAUGGUGGAGCAGAUGGGAUCUCAUCGGCCUUCUCACAGAGAAUUGAAGGGCUUCAAAUCAGCAAAUCCUUAAGUAUGUUUGGACAGUCCAUAUCUGGGCAAAUCGAUGCAGAUAAUAAUGGAUAUAUGGGUGAUUAAUAUUGCUAAUUUUAUUUCCUCCUUAGGACAAGACCUGUAGUGAUUGUCGAAGCUUCUUUAAACCAUCCUGAGUCAGUAAAUAGAACAAAUUUUGACUGUAUUGAAAAUGGAUUGCCUUCUGUGUGCAUGGAUCUAACACUCUGUUUCUCAUACAAGGGCAAAGAGGUUCCAGGUUAUAUUGUUUUGUUUUAUAACAUGAGUUUGGAUGUGAGCAGAAAGGCGGAGUCUCCAUCAAGGUUUUACUUCUCUUCUAAUGGAACUUCCGAUGUGGUUACAGGAAGCAUCAAAGUAUCACGCACAGUCGCUAACUGUAGAAAACAUCAAGCAUUUAUGCGGAAAGAUGUGCGAGACAUCCUCAAUCCAAUUCAGAUUGUAGCUGCUUACCACCUUGGGCAUGAUAUCACCAGUAAACGAAGUAUAAAGGAAUUCCCACCACUCCAGCCAAUUCUUCAGCAAAAGAAAGAAAAAGACAUAAUUGAAAAAACAAUAAACUUUGCAAGGUUUUGUGCCCAUGAAAAUUGUUCUGCUGAUUUACAAGUUUCUGGGAAAAUUGGAUUUUUGAAGCCAUACGAAAAUAAAACCUAUCUCGCUGUUGGAAGUAUGAAGACAUUAAUGUUGAAUGUGUCCUUGUUUAAUGCUGGAGAUGAUGCAUAUGAAACAACUCUGCAUAUCAAACUACCCACUGGUCUUUACCUCAUUAAGAUUUUAGAUCUGGAAGAGAAGCAAAUAAACUGUGACGUAACAGACAGCUCUGGCAUAGUAAAAAUUGACUGUAAUGUUGGUUACAUAUAUAUAGAUCAUUUCUCAAGGGUAGAUGUGAGCUUUCUGCUGGAUGCGAGCUCCCUGAGCAGAGCAGAAGAGGAUCUCAGCAUCACAGUGCAUGCCUCCUGCAAAAACGAAGGGGAGAUGGACCAUCUGAAGCUUAACAAAGUGACUUUGGCAGUACCUCUGAGGUAUGAAGUCAUGCUCACUGUGCACGGGUUUAUAAAUCCAACUUCACUUGUGUAUGGAUCAAAGGAGGACCAUGAGCCCGAAACAUGCAUGACAGAGAAAAUGAACUUCACUUUCCAUGUUAUCAACACAGGCCCUAGCAUGGCUCCAAAUGUUAGUGUGGAAAUAAUGGUCCCAAAUUCUUUUAUCCCCCAAACUGAUAAGUUGUUCAACAUUUUGGAUGUCCAGACUAGUUCAGGAGAAUGCCAUUUUAAAAAUUAUCAAAGAAUGUGCACAUCAGAAAAGAAAAGAGAUACAAUGGAGGCCCUAAGAGACAUAUAUAAAUUCUUUACGAGGACUGAUAAGAGGCUAUUGUACUGCACAAAAGCUGAUCCACAUUGUUUGAAUUUCUCAUGUAAUUUUGGAAAAAUGGAAAGUGGGAAAGAAGCCAGUGUUCACAUUCAGCUGGAAGGCCGGCCAUCCAUCUUAGAAAUGGAUGAGACUUCAGCACUCAAGUUUGAAAUAAGAGCGACAGCUUUUCCAGAGCCACAUCCAAAAAUUAUUGAACUAAACAAGGAUGACAAUGUUGCACACGUUUGGCUCGAAGGACUACAUCAUCAAAAACCCACACGUCAUCUGACCUUAGCAAUUAUUUCAAGUAGCUUGAUACUCGGACUUAUUUUACUUUUGUUGAUUUCAUAUGUUAUGUGGAAGGCUGGCUUCUUUAAAAGACAGUACAAAUCCAUCCUACAAGAAGAAAACAGAAGAGACAGUUGGAAUUACAUUAACAGUAAAAGCAAUGAUGAUGAUGAUGAUGAUUAAAGAUUUCUUUUAAAUUGAGAAAACUAAGACUCAG